AUGACACAUCAGAAAAAACAUCCUGGUUAUACCGUUAAUUCAAUUACGUUCUAUAAUCCUCCUUAUAAUUCUCAACAAACGACAGCUGUGAAUCAACAACAUUUACAACAAGCGCCUUUGAGUUUUCCUUCUCCACAAUAUGUUUCUUACGCUCCUCUUAUUUCAAGUCCUUCAAGUUCAACAGCAGAAACUUCUAUAGCAGCAAAUUUAUCUCAUCAAGUUCAUUCUACGAUGCAAGCACAUCCUCCAUCAACUGUUAAUCUUCAACAGUUGUCCCCACAAUUUUUUCAUCUCUAUCCUCAACUUGUAAUUCCAUCAUUUACACCUAUUUCAGCAGAUGUAAAGGUCGCUAAGGUCAUUUCAUCAUCAUCAGAUGCACCAUCUUCAACUAAUGUAAAGGUUGCUAAAGUUCAAGUGAAGGACGUUUCAUCAUCAUCAAAUACAUCAUCAUCAGCUAUAAAUAACGUUAAAGUCUUUUCAUCAUCAUCAAAUACAUCAUCAUCAGCUAUAAAUAAUGUUAAAGUCUUUUCAUCAUCAUCAAAUACACUAUCUUCAAUUGACGUAAAAGACGUUAAUCUCGUUUUAUCUACAGAUAAGAAAAUCCAGCGAUUGGAGAGAAAUCGUCUUGCAGCUAGAGAAUGUAGAGAACGUAGAAAGGCAUAUAUUAUAAAUUUGGAAAAUAGAACAAGUAAAUUAGAAGAUGAUAACUUGAUUUUAAGAUAUCAAAUUCAAGAAUUAACCACUAAAUUAGAAUUGAUGGAGUAUAUAAAUCAAGAUAAUAUCCGAUUGGAAAAUGAAGUUAGGGAAUUAAAAAAAAGAAUAAUGGGACAAGCAAACAAAUGUGCUAGAGUCAUAAAUGAUGAUGUUGUUAUUAUUGAUGAUGACUAUGACUAUGAUGAUGUUAGAAUCGUGAAAACGGAAUCAGAGGAUCGUUAG